ACAUGUCAAAGAGUCGCAUUUUCCUGAGGUGCGGUACCAUUGUCGAUUGGCGCCUGGAUCUCGCAGCAUAACUCAGCUUCAAAUUGUAUAAAUGACCAUAUGAUUGCCCUCCAGCCAUCGAGAUGCUUUCCCCGCUUGACACGCAUACCGUGACCAGCGUUUUGUGUGUGCUCAACCCUCAACCCUUCCAUCCACCAUGCGAUUUUCGUCCACGGUAUUGAUCGCCGGCCUCGCUGCUGCGAGUGUUGAUGCGCGGAGCGUGAUUCCCGUCGACAAGCGGGCAACGCCUACUCUUUACCUUGCCGGUGACAGCACUACGGCCAAGACCGGGGGUCUUCUCAUGGGAUGGGGUGAAUACCUUCCCCCCCUCCUUAACGGCAUCACCGUUGUCAACAAAGCCGUCCCCGGCCGUUCCGCCCGCUCCUACACCAACGAAGGCCGCUUCACCGAGCUUGCCAACCUGGUUACCGCUGGCGACAUCGUCGUCAUCGAGUUCGGCCACAACGACGGCGGCUCUCCUAGGUCGGCUUCCGACAACGGCCGCUCCGACUGUCCCGGCACCGGCUCCGAAGUUUGUGUCUCAGGUAAAACGGGCGAAAAGGUUUACACGUUCAAUCACUACGUCGAAACCGCCGCUAAGGCGAUCAUUGCCAAGGGCGCCUCUGUCAUCUUCAGCUCCCAGACACCUAACAACCUGUGGGAGGGAGGCAGUUAUGGCGGGUAUGGAACCCCCGUGAGGUUCGUGGGGUAUGCAAGCCUCGCGGCGAAGAAUCUUGCAGGGACGGGGAAAGCCAGCUUCGUGGAUCACUAUCAGGCUGUGGCGAAUAUGUAUUUGAAGCUGGGGAACGCGAAGACGAACAGCCUGUAUCCCAGCGAUCAUACGCAUACCAGCCCGGAGGGAGCGGAUCUCGUGGCCAAGGCGUUUGCGCAGGCGGUCAAGUUGGCUUGGAAUGGGACGACGCCGUUGAAGGGAUAUUUGAAGGCGGGGAAUCCUAAUGUUUUCUAAAGAAGGAGAGGUGAGCUCUAGAAAGCCUGGUUGAUCGAAGUCAUCUUUAAGUUUUUUAAUCUAUUUCCCUGCCGUUACACC